CACAGACCAGACGUUAUGCAGGUCAGAUUAGUGGAGAAAGUGGAAAUACCUUCAAAACAGCAUCACGUGUUCUUAUGGCUUUCAUUCAAGCAGUACAUGGUAGCCAUUCCUGCAGUUCUUGAAGCUGGAGCUGAAACCAAAGUCUGUGCGAGUCUCCUGCAGCCCAACGAAACUCUGGUCAUGAGCGUCACUUUGAUGUCCCAAGAGCAGAAUAUAGCCCUUCUCAAGGAGACGUCCAGUAUAGAGUUUCAUACCUGCACUCAAUUUAAGGCUCCUUUAGUGCAAAAUGAAGUGGUGCAGAAGUUGGAGGUGGAGGUACAAGGUGACAAUUUUUACUCCAAAGAAGUCAGGAAGGUCGUGAUCAAAGUCUAUCAACCAAUGACAUUUGUCCAAACAGAUAAACCAAUCUACCUCCCUGGACAAACAGGAAACUCUUUGAUUCAUCAAAAGACCCUCCGACUGACUGUUUGACCACUUACCAUCUUG